CGCGAUUUAGUUGGCGAAAAUCAAUCGCAUCUGACGGUCGCUGUUUGCGCGUGAAAUUCGCAAGCCUGCCUUAAAUUGCGUCCGUGUGUGUGUGCGACAAAAAAAAAACAAAAACAAAAGCGGGCUUAUCGCCAAAUCAGUUUUCUGGUGUUGUCUGUGUGUUGGUAUGACGCAGUUGUGCGAAAUACGUGAAAUUAUUACAUUUUUACCCCCCCAAAACCAACCAAUAAGCAGCAGUCUUGAAAAACCGCCAACGAAAGUGUUACGCGCCGCGUUCGUCUCUUUUUUCUUGUAAUUAAUAGCAACAAAAAGCGAUACCAACUUACCUUGACGUCACUUUUUUUAUUAUUAUACAUCGGACGACAAAACGGGAUUGUUGUUGUUUUUUCGGUGGUUGCUGGUGCUUGGCACGAACUCACAAUCAAAAGUUAGCCAACUUUUGUUGUUGGCCGAGUGCGUAAAAACAAAAAAAAGCAGAACUGCUGGCGAAAAGCGAGCGUAAAAUUUUGCAUUAAUGCAGUCUCGUCGCAUGAAUGAAUGAAAAUCUUAGUUCGCGACAACUAAUUACGAAAGCCAACCAAAAAAGUGACGAAAACAAAUAAACCAUGGUCUACACCAUACCGUUCUUUAGCCACAAUGAACCGCCCGACAUGAUCAUCACCAAAGAAAAAAGCAUGGCUUGCCUGCAAGAUGAGUUCGGUCACCUAGGCAUCGCCGCCACAGACCUGCCCUUUAAGUCCUCCGACCUGGACUCUCCGCCCCGCCUGCAGCAUCACACCAACUAUGCGGAGAUCACGGACAGCAGUGCGGAAAACACGUGCCAACAGCGCUGGCCACCUCACGUGGGAGGAGCAGCGGCGGCCUUUGGACAUCCGGACAAGCCUAUUGGCUGGAUGUACGGACUGCUGGGGUGCAUGAAGCCCGUGCUCUCAUUCAUCGGGAAGACGGGGGUGAUCGAGGUGAAGAGUCAGCGGAGCGAGGACUGGCAAAUUCCAUUCGAGUCCAUCACCGAGUUGGAAUGGCUGGGCAGCGGAGCACAGGGAGCCGUCUUCAGUGGCAGACUAAAGAAUGAGACUGUGGCUGUUAAGAAGGUGAAAGAACUGAAGGAAACGGACAUAAAGCAUCUCAGGAAGCUCGACCAUGAAAACAUUAUUAAGUUCAAAGGAGUUUGCACGCAGUCACCGGUAUUCUGCAUCAUCAUGGAGUUUUGCCCUUAUGGGCCACUGCAGAAUAUACUGAAGGAGGAGCAAGUCAUGUUACCGUCCCGCUUGGUCUCUUGGUCCAAGCAAAUUGCCCUGGGCAUGCAGUAUCUGCAUUCCCACAAGAUUAUACACAGAGAUCUAAAAAGUCCAAACAUACUGAUUAGUACAAAUGAGGUGGUGAAGAUCAGCGACUUUGGCACCAGUCGCGAGUGGAACGAGAUUAGCACCAAGAUGAGCUUUGCUGGCACAGUGGCCUGGAUGGCUCCGGAAGUGAUCAGAAAUGAGCCGUGCUCCGAAAAGGUGGACAUCUGGUCGUAUGGCGUAGUGCUCUGGGAAAUGCUCACCUGCGAGAUACCCUACAAGGAUGUGGACUCAUCAGCCAUAAUCUGGGGUGUUGGCAACAACUCGCUCAAGCUACUGGUCCCGAGCACCUGUCCGGAGGGUUUUAAGCUACUGGUUAAACUCUGCUGGAAAAGUAAACCCCGCAAUCGACCAUCGUUCCGGCAGAUCCUCUCGCACUUGGAUAUCGCUGGACCGGAACUCCUAAGAAAAACCGAGAAGCAAUAUUUUGAGUCGCAAAAGUCAUGGAAGGAGGAGGUGCGAUCUCACCUGAAGGAAAUUACCCAAAAUGGCACUAAUAUACACAAGUAUGAGCAAGAUCUAAUUAAGCGGCGCACGGCAGAGUGGCGACAUGCCCAGGAUAUCAGAAUGGUGUACGAGGAUAAGCUGCAGAAGACCAACCAACUUUUCUUCGAACUUAGCGAAUGCAUGUCCCAGUUGCAGGAAAAGGAGAAGGAAAUCGCAGAACGAGAACGGAAACUGCCAGGUAGUGGCUAUAAACCCACUCGGCGUUUGGGCAACACACUCCGAAAAAUGCAACACUAUCGCCGCCGCCUGAACGCUGCACCUCCGGCCAUUCAGCAACAAUCAACCACGCCAGAUCCAGAGACUACGCCGGAGUCUCCUGUGAAGUGUAUGUUAUAUGCCCACCUGGAUAGCAAUUGCCAACCGAAAUCGUAUCUGGCCAACAUAAUCCCGGGUAGCGGCGUUGGCACCACAAUGCCCAAUAAAAGCAAAAAGAACUUCCGGCAUCGACGCAACGGUUCUGGAUCCUUUGGUGCACCACCGAAGUAUAGUCCGACGCGGGAUCGUCGCUACCAAAGCGAACCGGAGAACCGAAAGGUUCAGCUGGUGGAGAGACAAACCCAAACGGAUGCCAUGGACGUGAGUGAAACGGAUAUUAGUCCGAGCGCAGAGGCUCCUCAAUCUCAGCCCAUCGAUGUGCCAGUGCCGAAUCAUCGCCAACUUCCGCUGCAACUGCAAAGAGUACAGAAAAUUGCCCAAGCUCAGGCGAGGGCCCGAAGUGGAAGCACAUCAUCCGCGGCUGGGGCCGUGAACCCCGCUUGUCCGUCGAAUGGCAACUCGCUGAGCACCAGCGAGCUGACCUACCAAGAUGCCUGCUCUAGUCCCGAUCAGCUCAUCGACGAUGUAAUGAACAGCAACGAACGAUUGGACAUGACAGAAUGCUGCAGUGACAACGAAAACUUGGAACGUCUAGGCCGUAAAGUCAUCGAAUUCAUCAACGAAAAUCGCCUGUCCAUUCAGUCAAACACAAAUUCCAUCAGCAAUACCGAUAAUGGAAACGGAGGAGCCUCACCUUUGGAAUUGCGGGAGAGCAGUAACAGCCCGUGUUUAAGUCGGUGCAGUAGCACACAUAGCAAACGGCGGAAGCAACUACUGGGGGACAAUCCAAUCGGCAGUUCGAUAGGCAAUGCCAACGGGGAGUCCCAUGAGCAAGACAGCUGGUCGGAUGAGGAGGGCGAAACCACGGAUUACAAGUAUGCUCUCCGGCGAAGAAGCAUUGGCCGCCAGCCCAUAGCUCGUGGCAUGCGACCCCGCCGUAGUUACAAGGCCCCACUCUCCCAGAAGAUUGCCAUACACAAGCGAAACGUGGUCAUCGUCUCAGACGAGGAGGAAAACACCUCCGAGUACAGCCACUCACCCUCCAGUCAGCACUCGACACUAGAGAGCAAUACCGACAUUGCGGACAUGAAAAAAACUCAGGCCAAAUCCACCUCAACCAACAGUUACAGUGAGCCCGAAGACGAUUCGAGUGAUUCCAGCGAUGAGGAGCAGGGAAAUCGGCCGACGGAAGCCAAGGUUGAGGGCCCAGCUUUGCCUAUGGGCGCCGUGCGCAGCAGCGAUAUUAUAUCCAUACCUACUUUUGAGGCUGAUGGCGCCGUUAAUAUGGUCUAACCUGGUACAAUAUCUAGUCUAGGUGAGGGCCCCUAAAUUAAGUCCGAAGUUGGAGUUGUCCAAGUUACGCAGCAAAAACUAUCUCCUAUAUACUCAACGAGAAAUCGACCUAAACUGUAUGGUAUUAUCUAUGUUCAUGUCCAGAUUUCUAGCACCUCAAAUUUAUAUGAACCAGAGUAAGCGGAAGAUUCUCUCCAAGCGUUGAUCGCCUCGGAGCAGUAUUAUUCAGCACACAAAGACCUUUUGGUUUGGGGCGAUCUUUGUUCGUGUCGUACUCGUAUCACAUGCAUUUCCUAUUUUGCUAAAUAUAAUUUCGCAUUAGGUUUAGUUAAAGUUACCCUUAUUCUUGUCCUUAGAGAGCUGCCUUUGUAAUAUAUUUAAAAAAUGUCAUAAUUGUAUAUUUAAUUUAAGCCAAUAGGUAUAGUUUCCGUUUUGAUAAUAAGAGCUUGAACCACAACUCAAAGAAACCCCACAAACGCUCCCACAAAAGCCCAAUUACAAAGCAACAAAUAAUAGAAUUGGCCUCAGGCAUUAAUCAGUAAUGGAAUGAUAAGGAAAUAGGACUAAAUAGUCAGGGAUAUUUUUUAUAAAACAAAAUUUGCUAAUAACUAAGAAAAGUGUUUUUAAGAAGCGCAUUGUACGUAUAAUUUUGACGCUUUCGAGUACAAGUUUUCUACUUAUGUGGGUAACUUGCCAUUCGAUCAACCGAGAAGUGUUACUUUCUAUAUGCACAAAAUUCCAAGCUUCAGUGCCUUAAUGCAAACACAAACAGAGAAUAUGUUUUGGAUAAAUUAAAUAAUAAACUGGUAGAUCUAACCUCGGCUAUGAUGUGGCCAUGAGCGCUUUCUAGAACUAAUAGACAACUUACGGAGCAGAUAAGUAUAUAUUUGGUCAAAUACGUUUCGCCCCUCUGGAAAUCGUUCAUCUGCUGCAAACGAAUUAAAAAUUUAAUAUUAUUCUAUAUACACUCAAUAUAUAUACAUAUAUCCUAUAUAUUUACACCCUAGUUGGAUGUUUAGCUUCGUAAGAUAUGUCGUCUCUUCGUGGGCGACGUUUCUCUACAUUAUGUAAAUGUUCUUCAUAUUAAGUUUAAUUUUAACGACUCAUACGAAUUAGCAAUAAUAAUAAAAUGAAAACUUGUAAGAACGCUUA